GCGAUAUAGAAGAGUAUAGACGAGCGAUUUGAAGGCAAGUGAUUUUUCUCCUCCACUCUUUAUCCUUUUCGUCUUCACUCAUAAAAGUGAAAGUGGGUGAAAAAUUGUUUUAAUUGAACAAAUGUGUGCGAACAACAAUGAAUAGCAAGCGACGAUAUAAGCAGUAUUUGUUACCGGAUUCAAAUGUGGAAAUACCACGGACCACACUGUACAGGCAUAAGAAAAAAAGGAUGAAAAUACAAAUGCAAGAAAAUUCUGAGGAUUCUUCAGUUAGUGACAACGAGCGCGCGCGCGGCGAGAAUCAUGAUUACGUUCCUAAAUCAUCGAGUGCAAUGCACCGCAACUCUUCCACUACAAUUCAUGAAAAUUUAAGUAAUAUCAUGGAAGUUGGAGAAGAAAAUGUUAGUCGUGAUGAAACACCCUUCACAGAAGAGGAGUACUCUGAAGUAAUUACCAAAUCUAGCGAUGAUUCAAGUACCUCUGAGAGUGAUAAUGAUGCACCUCAUGAAAAAAUUCAUAAUAAUUUGAACUACAAUGAGCGCCAUGAUUCUCGACAACCUCAUGGCUUACCACACGACAAACAAUGGAGGGAAUAUGUAUGUGAAUGCCGUAAAACAACUUGCGGAGAAGCAUUACUAAUGUGUAUGACGAUAGGAAUGCGACAUAAUUUGUCAUGGGUCGCUAUUAUGGAUAUAUUGAAAAUGAUCAAUAAUAUAUUCGAUGUCCAUGUUGUUCCGGAUACCAAAUAUUAUUUGCAGAAACAUUUCCCAAUUGGAAUCGAAAACACUAUAAAGUACCAUGUGUUUUGUCCAACCUGUACAGAGUACAUAGGUGAAAAAAAUGAUAAUGAUAUACAUGAAUGCAACUGUGGAUCGCAAUUCAAAUCAGCUGAUAUAUUAAAAUGGUUUAUAGAAUUAAGCUUUGAAGAUCAGUUGCGUAAUUUGUUACAAAAUCGUAACAUACAAGAGAGUCUCAAUCAUACAUUUAAUCGUGAAGAAAAAGAUUCGGAAAAUCUUCAAGAUAUUUACGAUGGUCGAGGAUAUAAAAAACUUAAAGAUGUAUUAGGAACCAACAAGUGGAAUAUAACGUACACUUUUUCUACGGAUGGAUGCCAAUCGGCCAAUGCCAGUAACGUUUCAAUUUGA